GCCCACAAGCCCGCCCCCCCGGUCACGUGGGCCGCGCAAGUAAAUACCGGCCAGCCGCGGUGCGUUGCAGCUUUCCGACUUGAGCUACAGUGCUGGCUACGGGCGGAAAGACCCGCGCGCCGCGACGACCCGAAAAAACCCCAAACAGACGCACAAAAGACGGGACAAGUGACAGACAAGCGGAGCAGCGACAUGGAGAGCCAGCGCCGGAGCGAAGCUCUGGCGGACUUCUUCACUUCGGCCAGGUUCCUCAUCUACGUGGGCCACGCGCUCUCCACCUGGGGUGACAGGAUGUGGCACUUUGCGGUGUCCGUUUUUCUGGUUGAACUAUAUGGCAACAGCCUGCUGCUGACCGCCCUGUACGGGCUGGUGGUCUCCGCCUCCGUCUUGCUCUUGGGAGCCGUCAUCGGUGACUGGGUGGACAAGAACCCCAGAAUCAAAGUGGCCCAAACCUCCUUGGUGGUCCAGAACACGUCGGUCAUCCUGUGCGGGGUCCUGCUCAUGGUGGUGUUCCUGUACAAGGCUCAGCUGAACGUGCUGUGGGGCGGCUGGCUUCUGACCGUCUGCUACAUUUUCAUCAUCACCAUCGCCAAUGUGGCCAACCUGGCCAGCACCGCCAUGGGCAUCACUAUCCAGCGAGACUGGAUCAUUGUGGUGGCUGGAGAGAACCGCAACCGGCUUGCAAAUAUGAAUGCCCACCGUACGGGUCAUCGACCACUGACCAACAUCCUGGCACCCAUGGCAGUGGGGCAGAUCAUCACCUUCGGCUCGCCACUCAUCGGCUGCUGUUUCAUCUCCUGCUGGAACUUGUGCUCCAUGUGCCUCGAGUACAACCUCCUGCGCCUGGUGUAUCGGCAGACCCCGGCCCUGGCAGUCAAGGGUGGCAAGAAAGAUGCCGAGAGCAGCGAGGAGCUCCAGCAGCUCAGCACUGGCAAAGGUGAGUGACAUGGCUGCAGAGUGGCAAAACCAAGUGUGGCUGGGCAGCAGUCAGGUGACCUCUCUCCUUCUUCUCUUUGUCCCUUUCAGAGCUGGGAGGCCAAUGGCCAGCUGGCCAAAGACGCCCCGGCCGCAGCAGGGUGCUGCCAGCAGGUGGCAGAGCCAUUCCGCACCUUCCGUAACGGAUGGGUGGCCUACUACAAUCAGUCCAUCUUCCUGGCUGGCAUGGGGCUGGCAUUCCUCUACAUGACCGUCCUGGGCUUCGACUGCAUCACCACCGGCUACGCCUACACCCAAGGCCCUCAACGGCUCAUCCUGAGUCUUCUGAUGGGCGCCUCGGCCAUCACGGGCAUCCUGGGGACAGUGGGCUUCACGCGGAUCCGCAAGUGCUGUGGCCUUGGUGCGCACCGGGUUCAUCUCGGGGUGCUGCAGCUCUUCUGCCUGGCGCUCUGCGUCGUCUCGGUCUUCAUGCCUGGCGGCCCCCUGGACCUGAGCGUAUCGCCCUUCAAAGACCUGCUGCGCCACCUGAUAGGGUGAGGCCCACGCUGCGAGGCGACCCCAACCGAGCACCGAGCGCCUACGGCUGGAUGAACGUCUCCACCGUGGCCCAAGACGAGACGAUGCCCGAAGUCGAGUCCUACGUGUCCCGUGAGCCUGCUGUUUGCCGGAGUCAUUGCCGCCCGAUUCGGCCUGUGGUCCUUUGACUUGACGGUGACCCAGCUCAUCCAGGAGAACGUCAUCGAGUCGGAGAGGGGCAUCAUCGAUGGCGUCCAGAACUCCAUGAACUACCUGAUGGACCUCCUGCACUUCAUCAUGGUCAUCUUGGCACCCAACCCCGAGGCCUUCGGUCUGCUCGUCCUCAUUUCCUUCUCCUUCGUGGCAGUGGGCCACAUCAUGUACUUCACUUAUGCCUACCGAGGCCCUCCGGAGGCGCCUGUUGCCUGCUGCGCGCCGGAGAAGGCGGGCGAGGGGCAGCCGGAGACCGAGUGCGAGAAGGCGUAGGGGGCAGCCGGCGACCCCGCGUGUGGACAGGCCUUUUGGGGCUUUGGACUUCUCGUGUGCAUCUCUCUCUGUGGUGUCUUUCUAGGGUCGGUGGCAGUGACAAUGGCCGCCCCCCCUCCGCUGCUGUGAAUGGGAGGGCGGACGGUGGGCUAGCGAGCGCCGGCGCUCCGAGGUGGGGUCUUCCUGUGCGCUCGGCAGCACAUUCCAGCGCGCGGCAGCGUCUCACGGUGCUAAUAAAGGACUUCACUCCC